AUGAGCGUUUUCAGCUUGAGCGAUAUAGAUAUGAGAGAUCCGGCCAAGCUAAAACAAUAUGCGGCAGAUACUCAACUUAAACAAUUACAAUUCGCUGUCCGUUGUAAAUCAAUUGAGGAAAAUUUGACUCUCCUCCGUCAAGAAUGUGAGUUUAUCAAGGACGCUAAACGAAACCUGGAAGAACAACCAAGUCACUUCAACUCCGACAACAAGCGAGCCAUGAUGAAGUGGAGAAUCAAGUUACCUUCAUUCCGCCCCGAAAUGCCCGACUUAUGGUUCAUCCAAAUCGAAACCAUUUUUGCCAAUUUCGGUAUUACAGCCGAAAUUGACAAGUACCACACCGUAAUCAGUCAAAGCGAAGGUGAAUGGCUAGUCGAAAUAAACGACUUAAUUCGAGCUGGACCGAGUUUGAAUAUUCCCUACACAACUCUGAAAAAGGAGAUAAUUAAUCGCUUUUCACUCGACGAAAAUCCACGCCUCAAGAAAGUAAUCGAAGGAGAAGAAAUUGGAGACUUAAAACCAUCCCAAUUCCUACGGCGACUCAAAACUGUAGCAGGCAGCGCGCUGAUUACUGACAAUAUCCUGAAACCACUAUGGCUAAGUCGACUACCCGCUUACGUACAAUACAUUCUGCGAGCCCAGCCUAGCAAUAACACUCUAACCGAGAUAGCCGAUGUGGCAGAUCGGAUCGCGGAAACCAUCCCUCAUUCUGUGCAUUCAACCUCCACAACAGCUCCAAUCAAUUCUCCCACGGUUCAGCAAAUUAGCAAACCAAAUCCACUUGCUAACAUCAAUGAAAUGCUAACAUCCCUUACCCACAAAGUUGAUCUAGUGGAUGUCAAGGUCAAAAAUCUGGAGAGAAACAUCGACAGAAGGAAAAGCUGUUCCCGCCCCAAAUCUCGCUCGCGCUAUAGCUUACCCAAACCGCGCAAAUUUUGCUUCUACCAUGAAAAAUUCGGGAGAGAAGCCCGCAAAUGUCAACAACCGUGCAAAUUCUUAACAAACGACAAUGGCAGCCAAUAG